AUGGAGCUGUCCCUUGGCGGGAACGCUCUCAGGACCUUCACCCGCUCCGUCACCUGCCUGGCCCGCGUCGGCAGCGAGCUCGUCGUUCAAGCUUCUGCUUCCAAGGUCGGUGAUCGACCCUCCUGCGCUCUCCCCCCCCAGAUCACGGAGAUCCGAUUUCUAUAUCUUCCAUGCGUUGAUUCUUCUGUGGAUUUGAAAUCUGUUCGUGGAUCAGCUGAUCUUUCAGACGAUCAACUCCUCUCGGACCGCAUACCAGUCCGUAUCCUACAUGCCUGAUUUCUUCGAUUCGUAUGCCGUCUCUCCGUCGACUACCGCCGGCGGCGCUAACCGCGAGGUCCAGUGCAGCGUCCUCUUGAAGGCCAUCUGCUCCAUCUUCAGGACGCCGGUAAGCGCCGUCGACCGCCUUACCGUGGUCUUACCAUCCCCGGACGCCCCAAAAAUCCAGUGGACUCUGGAAUGUUUCAGUGGUAGGUAGCCGAAUGUUUCCCUAACUUCUACCUCCGUUCUCCAUGGCGGUUAUCUUCCUUUGGAGGUGCUUGAGCCUGGAUUGUGACCGGGGAAGUGUAGGGGUGAAGAAGACGUACUGGAUCACCUGCAACGUUGAACCCGAUGUGCACCAGCUUUCAAUCGACAGGGAGAGGUAUCCGAGCAGCUUCGUGGUGAGACCGCGGGACCUUGCGCGUCUGCUUGGGAAUUUCCAGUCGACGUUGCAGGAUAUUACAAUUAUCGCAACGGAUCCCUCUGCGGCGCCUUCCGAUUCCUGGGAUGUGAUUGGCGGGAAGGUCGUUGAGUUCCGCAGUUAUAUUGAUCCACUGAAAGGUGGGUUGUCUGCAAAUCACGUGGGGGGAACAGAAAAUUGGAGGCUCAUCUCUCUCUUUUUCCGUAUCUAAUCGACCCGUGUGGCCUCUCCUCCGUGCAUAUUUUUCUAUCAGACAACACUGACACAGCAUUGCAUACCCAGCUGUGGGUAGACCCUGCCGAAGAGUUCUUGCAGUACACACAUUCCGGGGAACCUGUGGACGUGACAUUUUGUGUGAAGGAACUGAAGGUAUUGAUUUUCCAUUCGGUAUGAUGUUCCAGUUGUCAAUUAUCUUUUGCUGCUAAUUUUUUGGUUUGAUGGAGAAACACCUACUUCCAUAAAGUCUUUUCCACCUUCAAUAAUCUAUUGCAUAUAUGGUUACUUUAGUGCUUCUCUAUGGCCAUCCUCCAUACCGACAAUGGCAUUCGCUUCCCUCCUUGUCAUGUUGAAUUCUUUGGCCUUUUACACUUGCAUUUUUUUUUCCUGUUCUAAUUAUCAUCAUUGUGGCGCUGACCAUUGACAGGUGAACACUGGUCAAGAAUUUUGGAACUUUUUGCCAUACACAUUUUGACAUGAUCCCCAAUGGAUGGGAGAAAAGCCUUAAAAUGAUGGGUGGUAGUAGAAAAGUGGAUCACGCCUUCGUUUCUCAUCCUAGUUUCUUGCAUUUGAUGUAUAACAUGUGUGCAUUAGUUGCUUAAUAUAUUGUUUAGAGACGGGAAGGAUCCUAUCUCCUUCUUUAUCAUUAUCAGAAUAAAACAGACAUAAUUGAUUUAUUUUGAUACCUGUGCUUCUCUUUUUAACGUUUUUAGUACUAUAUUGAUCAUCUAAUCAGCCUAUGUUGCUUCUCAAAUUUAGGCAUUUCUUUCGUUUUGUGAAGGAUGCGAAGUUGACAUUCUUCUGUGUUUCGAGAAAGCUGGCGAGUAAGCCAUUCAUAGUUCCUAUCCAUUGUUUUUAUUUUUCUCAUGGUGUCCAUUUUGAUAGAUAAACUGAGAUCAGAAUACUUCUAUUUUUCUCAAGUUUCCUAAUUUAAUUCUAUGUGGAAACUUCUUUCUGUCUCAACAGACCGAUUCUGAUGGCACCAAAGUUCGGUUUUGAUGAUGCGUCCAAUUCAGAUUGUGAUGCAACACUGGUUCUCUGUACUAUGCUUGCGUCUCAACUUCCUGAAGGGAGCACUCCCCAGUGCCGAACACUGACCAGAGUAGGCUCUCAAGCAGAACACGCCAGGACUGGAACUCAAACCCCUGUUGCUAACCAGCCUUCUGAUAACGUGAACAUAUUAUCUGAGCUCUCAGGUAACUACUCUUCAUGGAUAGCGUCUUGCCAGUGAUAGUUUUGAUGCCUAAUAAUGUGGCUGGCUUGCUAAUGUUGACCAGGAAUUGCUGUAAACAUUUCUGAUGUUGCCAGAGAAAGACGAGUCCAAGAUGAUGGAAAUCCAAGCUGCCCUUCUCAUGUCACGAUGGGGCCUAAUUCAAUGGAUAGAUCUAAUAAUCCUUCUGAAAGAGUUGAUAGAUUGUUCUCGUAUCCUCACUGUGCAUUUUCAGUAGAUUUGGUAAGCAGAGAGACUUUGCUAUUGAAAGUGUCAGCUCUUACGAGGUGAUCCUUGGAAAGUGUUCUUUGCUGCAAGAACUUCAUGUUAUUUAUUAUACAUAAUUAUCUACCGGCAUUAUUUGCUUUUAAUCAUUCAACAACAUUUAUUUCUCUUUCAAGCAGAUAUCGUCGCUCAGUUAUGUAACUGAAACUAUGAAUUUGCCACCAACCAGAUUUGAGUAUGCUCUUUGUUCUUAAAAGUGCAGAAAAAAUCAAGUAAUACUUUGCAGGUUUUUCUUGACCAUUGCCAUUCUAUACAGAUUGGGAUCCUAUUUUCUUCCCUACUUGUUGAUCAUUAUUCUAAUGUAGUUUAUCAUUUCUUCUCCAUGACAAGGAUUUCUUCUUUGAUGAGAUUCAAUCUUUCUCAGGUUUCUACCGCUACUUUUUCCUUGAUCAGGUCGACUCAAUGAGUUGACUACUCAUGUAUGAGGACCUGUGCUAGGACCAGGGAAAAACUACCUUAAAUUGCCCAUGCAUGCAAACAUUGAACCGGAAGUAAUAACUAUUCCUUUGCAUUAGCCAAUUAUUUUUCCUGAUUUUUUAGAUGAAAUUAGUUUACCGUAAUGUAUAUCAUUUUCAGUUAACACCAAGGAAUAUCAUGGGGCCUAUUUCCCAUUUUUUCAGUAUAUUCAUCUCCCUUCCCUGAUUUAAUGCACAGAAGGUUUCUCAAUGGAUUUUGCAGGUCAUCAUGAGGCUGAUUUCUCUUUUUAUUUUCUUUAUUCAUCCUUCAGUCUUUCUUUCAUAUUCUACAUGAGCAUUGAACAUGCUAUUGAUCAUUGUUUUAAUGUAUUCGAAUCCCAAACGUAUAAUUGGCUUCUAGCUUUCAGAACCCAAGGCAGUGCCACCUGUGCCCAUUUAUCCAUUCCAGGACUCCCACCCACUCUGUGGAGCAUGCGAUCCUAAGCUGUUUCUGAACUACCCAUUAGAUCCUGUUAUAUCUUUGACCUUUCUAUCUUGAUCUCAAUCUAUGUUUUGAUUUAUUUCAUUAUAUUUUAAUUAGUUUUUUGCCUUGACCCAAGCCACGAAAUAGAUCUCCUUGCAACAUGGAAACCAAUCAUCUGGACGAGCUUCAAGGUAAUUCCCAAAUCAAAUCAUAAUGUUGGAAAGUUCCAUACGCUCUUUAACCAAUUUCCUUUCCAAUGUUUUGCAGAGAGUGCAGAGAUGGCCAGUGAUCACUGCUCAAAGCAUCAUGCUAGUAACUGGUUGGAUGAAGAUGAUGAGGAUGAGGAGGAUGAGGAUGAUGGGGGAGCGUUCAUCCCAUCAACGCCUCCAUUUUAG